AUGACGAAACAUAGCAUGACUGGAAUUCAAGCACUGAACAAUUUCUUGUUCGAGUCAGCUGGACUGAGGGCUUGGAAGGCAUACAAUGUGGGCACCGGCAGGUUUUUUUCGCUGGCACAGCCUCAGAUGUAUGGUACUCCACAAGGUCCCACAGGUCGCAAAGAGCUUCAGCCAUUUAGCCAACCGUUACAAGAUGUCGGCAAGUUUCGUGCAGGAGUAACGCAGGCCCAAGUUAUUAUUAUUUAUUAUUAUUAUUAACAGAGGUGCAAAUAAUUCAAUCAGACGAAGCAGAGUCAGCAACGUGAUCGGUCGCCUCCUAUUCCUGCCCUGA